UGCUCCUGUGGGGAUUGCCCACAGUAUUGAGUAUGGAAGUCGCUUUGGAUAAAAGCGUCUAACAUGUAAUGUAAAAAUUUUGCUGCAUGGAUUGAUUGAUAAGUUUAUUAACAGCUUGUAUAUUGGGUACAGUGCAUGGUGUCAUGUUUGCCGGAUAAUAACUUUUGCUAUAGCAACUCAAUAAGGUGAUAAUAUGUCCAUAUUAGUGCAGUGAUGUUAUCUUCAAAGUGUGGGAGAAAACACAUUUGGCACUUUGUUAUUAUUAUUUUGUGGACAGUAAUAUAUUGUGCAGCUCCCCAGACAGAAUACUGCUUCUAAGAAUGUUCCGGUUAAAAAAAGAAAAGAAGAAAUGUCAUGGUAAAGGCGAAAGAAGCAUGACGCAAACACUAUUAUAAAUCUCCUUGAUAUGUAAAACCAAUUUGAACAGGCUGCCUCAGAUCACCAGAUCAACACCAGAUCACCAGGCCUUUGCACAAUCCUAAGAGUCCACUUUCAAACACUUUUUUUAAACAGCAUAGCUCUUCCAUUUUCAAAUGCAGAUAUUGUGCACAUAUUUUAAUUUGUCAUGUUAUUUUUGUAUUACUUUUCGUUGUAAAAAUGGAUAUCUUUUGCAAUAGUUUUAAUGAUAUUUAUAUAUUUGCUUUUACUUUACAUUUUUAUUUAUCUUACUAUAUUUAAAUAUGUACCAUUAUAUACCAAGGCAAAUUCAUUUCCAAAAACAUCAAACUACAGAUCAUUUAUUGAGUAGGAAUCUGAUUCAGUUAUCCAUUUAAAACUGAUGAACAGCCAAACCUUCACAUUGGCCCAUCAAAUCGUGAUUUUCGGUGAUAUUAAUGUUUGUGUCCAACAGACCAAGUUCUCCUACCUGCACAUGAAGUACCUGUUCUUCUCGUGGCUGGCAGUGUUUGUGGGGAGCUGGAUCGUGUAUGUGGAGUACUCGUCCUACACAGAGCUGUGUCGAGGGCACGACUGCAAAAACUCAAUAUGUGACAGAUACAGGAAGGGAGUCAUUGACGGCUCGGCCUGCAGCAGUCUGUGUGACAAAGACACGCUCUACCUGGGGAAGUGCUUCACCAUGAAGCCCAAAAGCCAGGUGUACUCUGGGACCUGGGGAGACCUGGAGGGAGUCAUUAAGUGCCAGAUGGAGGAGGCUCCUCAUUAUGAUUUGGGAAAUGCGAUGCAGCACAGGAAGGAGUCUGCGGCCUUCAACCAGCCCACCAAGGGGACAUCUGUGGAGAGGUUCAGAGAGAUGAUCCUCAACCACCUAAAGUCUAAAGUGGGGGAUCAGGCCAACCUUGCAGACCUGGCAACACAAGUCCUGUCCAUAACAGACGCCAACAAAGACGGUCACAUCUCGCUGCCUGAGGCCCGCUCCACCUGGGCUCUGCUGCAGCUCAACGAGUUCCUGUUAGCGCUGGUCCUGCAGGACAGAGAGCACACGCCCAAGCUGCUGGGCUUCUGUGGAGACCUGUAUGUGAUGGAGAAGGUCCCGUACUCGCCCCUGUACGGGAUCAGUCUGCCCUGGGUCAUGGAGGUGUGGAUCCCGGCCGGUGUGCGCCGCAGCAUGGACCAAUGGUUCACCCCCUCCUGGCCUCACAGGGCAAAGAUCUCCAUCGGACUGCUGGAGCUGGUGGAGGACGUCUUCCACGGAACGUUCGGCAGCUUCCUCAUGUGCGACGUGAGCGCCACCAGGUUCGGAUACAAUGAGCGUCAUGACCUGAAGGUGAUGGACGCAAGGUACAUUGUUCCUGAAGCCAUCUUCCAAGAAAACAUUAGACAGCAACGAUGCGAUGUGGAUGAGGAUUGUCUCUACGGGGCAGACUGCCUCACUUCCUGUGACCUCACCAAGCACCGCUGCACCCCCGAGGUCACCAGGCCCAAUUUAGCCAAAGCCUGCGAGGCCCUGAAGGACUACACUCUGAGGGGGGCCCCGGCUGAUGUGAGGGAGGAGCUGGAGAAGCAGCUGUACGCCUGCAUCGCUCUGAAGGGUUCCUCAGAACAGAUGGAGAUUGAGCACUCACUAAUUCUGAACAAUCUCAAGACUUUGCUUUGGAAGAAAAUCUCUCAUACGAAAGACUCCUAGGCGCUGAGAGGCACGACAACCAUACCUAAAUGUUUUUAAAUAUUGUACAAUUUUUACGUACGUUUAGGAUUCACCUUAUAUCCCUUUGACAUGUGUAACUGAUGGAAAACCCUGACGCUGUCAGGCAUGGUGACUUUAUUAAAUCAAACUAGUAAUCUUUGUCAGUACUGGAGCAACAUUUGCACAUUUUUGAAACCGGGAAAUCAAUACAUUUGACAAAUGCAACACCUGGAUAGUGAGAUCUUGCUUAACCUCUUUGCAGUGCAGUCUUUCAGUUUGAGAGCACUUUAAACUGGUAUUCCACUUGUCUUUGCACGAGCUUACCCAAGUUCUAAAAGUUAUGUCAGUUGCAGAAACUAUUUUAUUGACAAUCAUUAAACUAUGGAUGCCUAAAGGAGACUACAUUAAAAUCUACAAUUUUAUUCCAACCCAGAUUUAAGAGAAAAGUUAUGAGAUGAAAUGUUCAAAGUGGUAUCCUACUAUAUAUACACACAGUACGUAUAAGAUCUGAAAAGACUG